AUGACUGACAUCACCAACAAUUUGAUGGGAGCUGGCGGUGUUGUUCAGAUCAGGGUGAAAGGCAUCAUCAAUUCGGAGAACGCAAUCGAAGAUGGCAGCGGCAGGACGAGUACGGAGAACUGGAAGCGACCAGAGCGCCCGAGGCUGGCCAUGGAGUGUUCUGCACCACCGGCGACGUCGUGCUCGUCAUGGGCAGCCGCGUUGAGCGUGCAGACGGGGGCGGGCGACGGAGAGCUCGUGAUGACUCCGCAGCGACGGGAGCGCUGCGUGGGAACAUCUCGGCAAGUGCCCGGCCCUCCCCCGCACUCUUCAGACGCCAUGCGGGCCGUCCUCCACGUCCUCCCCUUCCUCGUCCCCGCCCUCGCCGCCGCCCUUGUAGGCGCGGCCCCCCCGACGAACGACCUUCAUGCACUCACUGAUGCGUCCACACCCCUUUCGCCCUCAGUGGACGAGAUCCUUUUUCGCAGAGAUGAACACGACGAACACUCGCAUUCGCAUAACGCGAAGCCCCUCGAGGAGCUGAAUGAGACCCAAAUCACAUUGCAUCACCAGCCCACUCUCCCCUCCUACUGGACCAUCGACCUCGUCGACAAGGUUCCCGGCGAGCACCGUUAUCCUGGUCUCAUGGCGGCGCACGCUCUCUUCAUGGGCUUUGCUUUCUUUGGGGCUCUUCCCGCAGGCAUCGCACUUCGCUCCGUGAAAUCUGCAUGGCAUAGUUUGACCGUCAUUCUCUUCUAUGCGUUCGUUGUCCUGGGCCUUGGAUCGAGCAUGCUCUACCGCAAGCUCACUCCGGAUAUGUACGAAGGCGCAGCGCACGCCAGCCAAGGCUAUGGCUGGCUGGCUUUCGCCGUGCUACUUUCCACGCUUGACGUCGUCGCGAUGGUCGUUCGCCUCAUUACCUACGUCCGUUCUAUCCAGCAAGGCGAGGAAAAGUUUGGUUUCAAGUCCUCAUGGAGCUAUAUUGUGCUCGGCCGCGAGGAAGGACGCCUGGGCGUGUCUGCCGAGUACACCGGUCUCGUAGCUGACGAAGAGGAGCUCAAUGAUGCCGAGCUCAAGGUCAACGACGUCGAAUCUGUCGAGGCCGACUCUGAGCCACUGCACGAGCGACGCAAUCGACCCAUGCAGCCGAUCCGCACAGUCUUUGAUGUCGAUGAAGCUGCACACGGGCACGAUGGCGACACAGAGACGGCGGAAUGGGCCAACGACGUCCGCCGUCAUCGCCGCGAACCGUCUUAUCCGCAAUCAGCUGCGUCUGAACGCACACUCUAUGGUCCUCACUCACCGCGCCGCUCGAACGACACGCUCGCGGACCUCGCGAAUGGCUCGUGGCUCGCUGGCCUCAACAAGCGCACUCUGCUCCGGAACAUGGGCCGCGUGGCGUUCGCGACGUCCGAACGCGUCCUUGUUUUUGCCGGUUUCAUGCAGGUGACUACGGGUAUUGUGACGUACACUGGUGGCUGCCGUCAAAAUUACAUCAACGGCUGUCUUGCGCAUCUGAUCAAGGGUGGCAUCUUCUGGUGCUAUGGCCUGGCCACAUUUGCGCGCUACCUAGGCUCGUUCUCUUCACUUGGAUGGGCCUGGAACCGGCCCGUGCUCUCAAAUGUUCCUUCCGCCGAGUUUGUUGAAUCGCUCGUCAUCUUCGCCUACGGCGCCACGAAUACCUGGAUGGAACGCUUUGGUGCGAAACCCGGCGACCCAUACACUGCGAAGCAGGUUCAGCACAUCGGUAUCGCCGUUAUGUUCUGGUUCGCCGGUCUUGUCGGAAUGGGCAUUGAGUCCAAGCGUAUCCGCCGCUGGCUCGCGGGCGGCAGCACUGCCGCCGUCUCGACUUCGAACGAAGGACAAGAAGCCGUUGCAGAGCCGCCUAGCUACAGCGCCAGCUUCAACCCCUUCCCCGCCCUUUGCAUCGGCAUCACGGGCGCAGCGAUGAGUGCACACGCGCAGACGUACGUGUUCCAGGUGCAGAUUCACAUGUUGUGGGGAUACCUGCUGAGUGCAUUCGCGGUGUUCCGCUGUCUGACCUAUUUCUUCCUCUGGAUGGCUCCUCCGCGGUCGAUCCUGCCGAGCCGGCCGCCCACGGAGGCACUGGGCGCAUUCUUCCUCGCAUGUGGCGGGCUGUCGUUCAUGUUCUCGACGGAGGAAUUGACGAUCGCGGCGAUGCGCCAAGGGCGUGAUGACGUGAUGAUGUUCUUGAACGUCGCGGUAGCGAUUACGUGUCUGGCGUUCUGCUGGACGCUUGCAGUAGUGGGAUUCAAGGGCUGGCUGAAGAGUCGCACACAUGGGGCGAUGCAGUUCCAUCCGUCGGCGUGAGCGGCCAAUUAUGCUAGGAGAAAAUGAAGACGAUACCUUCACAUGAUACCAUGGCUUGCUCGUUCUGCUCAGCGUCCAACGCCCAGCGAUUCCUGCUUUCACCACUCGUGCUUCCAUCUCAAGAUUCCGACCUUGUGGGAUUGUUUUACCGUCCCCGUUCACGUCUUCAUACUAUCUGCAAUGUAGCCCCUUGUCCUAUUCACCCUACCCCGUUCUGGCACUUUAUUUAUCGCUUAAUGACCUCCCACGCUCCCUCGUCUGCGGACGAGACGAACCCGAUAUAUAAUCUUACGCUAGACGUUGCUUGAUGUCGCCAGAGGCCUUGUUGUUACUGCUGCUGGGUACGAUACUGAUGUCAGAACAGAGAUUGUUGUAUACCUUCAGGAGUGGGUCGUCGCUGUGGAAGAGACAGGGAAG